ACCAGAACAAUCAUCAUAAGUAUUGUAUAGACAUGAAGGAGGAAUUGAGAGGGAAGGCAGUCCCGUCGCGUCAUGAAAUAAAAAUGCCCUCGAGACUCGACCACGGUUCUUCAAGAAUUCGUUCAAUCCUUCACGUCAUUCUUCCUUGCCUCAACUAUUCAAGUAUACCAAUCAACAACUGCAACCAACAUGACUGUCACACAGCAAACACCCGCCCUUCGCGGCAUCAUGGUUGCCCUGAUCACUCCCUUCACAGACGAUAAGACCCAGAUCGACGCAGCAAGACUCAAAUCCCACAUCGACCACCUGAUCGGCGCCGGCGUGCAUGGCCUCGUGCCGGGCGGCAGCACAGGCGAAUUCACCACCAUGACCCGCGAAGAACGCAAGCAACUGACUGAACUCUGCGUCGAGUACGCAGCUGGCCGUGUCCCCGUGGUAGCCGGCACAGGCAGUACCUCCACUGAGGAGGCAGUGGAUCUGGCACGUCAUGCCGCGCAGGUCGGUGCGGCCGCUGUGAUGGUCGUGCCGCCAUUCUACGACCCCUUGAACGUGGAGCAAUUGACCGAGCUCAUGUCCGAAAUCCACGAAGCCAGUCAACUGCCCAUUGUCUACUACAAUAUCCCCUCUGCCAGCGGGUUGACCCUCACGCCGCAGCAGAUCGCGGAUCUGAGCAAGGUCGGCGUCAAGUACCUCAAAGACACAUCUGGAAAUGCUCCAGCCUACACGGAAUUGGUGUUCGGGUUGUCGGAUCAGAUCACCGCCUUCAAUGGCUGGGAUACCCUUACGUUCUAUGGACUGGCGGCUGGAUCGCCGGGAGCAGUUUGGGGUGCUGCCAACAUCAUCCCAGAGUUGGCGGUGGAGCUUUGGAAUGCCGUUUCGGUUGAAGGAGACCUCAAGAAGGGUCGGGAAUUGUGGGCCAAGGCAUGGCCGAUCUGCAAGUUCCUUGAGUCGCACAAUUACGCUGCAGCGGUCAAGACAGGCGUGGAGCUGAGGGGACAGGCCACUGGUGGGUUGCGGAAGCCAUUCGCCCUCUUGAAGGAUGAUCUCCAGAGCGAGCUGGCCCAGUUGAUGGUGAAUGCGAAUGUUAAUGUUGUCAAGCGUUCGUCAUGAAAUAGUCGCCAUUGGAUAUAGAAAAUUAAAUUUAUGAGGACAUGUCAUCGUAUUUCUUGUAGCGCCUUGUAACAGACCCCGGCGGUCAUCACGCUAGAAUGGGCCAUAUUUGCUUGCUUUUGACAACAUCAAGCCAGGUCGGAAAAGCCUCUCCUCUGCUUCGUGUAAAGUGCGCAUCUUGUUUGUCCCAUACCUGGUUCAUGACGUCCCGGACAGUAUGAUAGGCAGAAAAUCCACAUCGUGCUUCGCCUUUGUCUAGCAGCAGUGUGAUCGAUUGCCGCCUUUCAGGCGUCGUCGCCUCGCACCCAGCAAUGAAAAGAGGCCAGACUGUACCUGGGCCGGUGUGAUCUGCUU